AUGUAUUUGCAGACAUUUUAUUUAUAUGAUUUAAGCAAUAAUAAAUGAAAAAAUAUAACUUCAUCGAAUACUUAUUCACCAAGGAUUUUCUAUGGAAGUUUACUAUAUAAUGAAGAACUGUAUUUAUUGCACGGCUAUUCUAAUUUACUUAAGAAAAAUAACCCAGAUUGAUACAAAGUUAAUUUAUUAGACAGUAAUUAUGAGUGAAGCCAAGUUCAAUUAGAUGAUAAUACAAAUGGAGUAUUAUCAGUAAAUAGUUAUGGCUCUACUUUAUAUAAUUCGAAAAUCCUUGUAUUUGGUGGAAAUCAAAAUCCCCCAAUAGUAAAUCAAUUAGUUAUUUUUGACUUAGAGUUUUCUCCAAUCAAAUAUCAAGUUUAUGAUAGGUAUAAGUCUCCAAGUCCAAGAAUGUAUCAUUCAAUGCAAGCAAUGAACCACAAUUUAUAUUUAUUUGGUGGGUUGGGUGCUAAUGAAGAGCUUUAUAACGAUUUAUGGACUUUUAAUUGCAUUGAUGAUACUUGAAAUAACAUUGAUGCAACUGGAGACAUUCCUUCCAAACGAUACGGAUAUGCAUCAGCUGCAAAUGCAGGAUUAAUGGUUGUAUGAGGAGGCUAUGGAGCUAAUGGGUAUUUAAAUGAUGGCUAUAUCCUUGACAUUACUGCAAAUUCAUGGCAUAGUAUGGAUUAUUUUGGUGAUGCUCCAAGUCCAAGAGUAGGUGCAUGCGGUGCACAAAUGGGAUCAAAAAUAGCCAUAUAUGGAGGAUUAACUGAAUCAGGACUUUCUGAUGAACUCUGGGUCUAUGAUUUUACUACAUCUCAAUAUACUCUUCUUGACUAUAACAAUACUAAAGGUCCUGGGAAAUUAUAUUAUGCUACUUGUAGGAUGUCUACAUCAACACCUAACUUUGUGUAUGUGUUAUAUGGAGAAGGCGAAGAUGAAGUCCCUCUUAAUGGAGUUUUCACUUUUAAUAUGUCAAGCAAAAUUUGGAUUGCAAAUUAUACAGAUAAAGUUGAUCUUACUUGAGCUAGAGCUAAAAGCUCAGUUUAUAAGCUAAAAACAAGGAUUUUGGUCAUAGGAGGAGAAUCAUUUGGAAGUUAUCCUAAUAGUGAAAUUUUUUAUUUAGAUACCUCAAAAAAUACACAUGUGCAAAUCGGAUCUUUAGACUCUGCCAUAUUUGCUGCAGCUUUUGCAUACUUUCAAAAUUAUGUUUAUAUACAUGGAGGAGGUACAGCAGUUGGCUCCUUAUUAAGAUUUAAUGUCCCUUCUAAUAAAUUCAUUAGAGUUCAUCUAUGAUCUGACUGUGCUGACAAUACCACUUGUUUUUGGGCUUGCAGCCCAGGGACUUAUAGAACUAAUAAUUGUUUUGUAUGCCCACCUGGGACUUAUUCAGAUGGAUUUAAUCACACAUUUUGCGAUAAAUGCCUAGAAGGCAAAUAUAACGCUGAAUAUGGCGCCACAUCUAAAGAUUUAUGCUACCCAUGCCAAGAAGGCACUUAUAAUGAUCAAAAAGGGACUGCACGUUGUCUAUGGUGUCCAUAUGGCUCAAAUUGUGAUGUAGGAAGUGUAGACUAUAACUACCAGCUCCUUGUCUAUGACGAUAAAUCAAUUCAACCAGCAAUUUAUAUCUCAGAUACGAACCAAAUCGACGAAACAACUUUUAUUAUCCAAAGUACCGUUGGUUUUGCAGGAUUGCUCGUCAUUAUUUUAUUUAUUUUUGUUAAAAAAGGCAGAGAAUUUUUAGAAGACGCAGAUUUGUAUACAAAUGGCCAUAAUCAUUUAGCAGGCCAAGCGAUGUAUUUAAAGAAGACUAAAAUAGGUGGGCUUUUUAGUAUUAUUUUCAUAUUUAUAGCUAUUAUAGCAGUUGGUACAGCUCUGGUGAAUUAUUCAUUAAAUAAUGUAUACGAAGUUAAAAGCUUGGUGCCGUUGGUAGUACUCAAGCAGGAUGUCCCUGAGGUAAAUUUUAUAUAGUUUAUUGGAGAUUUCAUAAUAACAGUUAUACUGAUUACGAGAAAAUACUAUUUUUUUGGAAGCUGUUGUGACUAGAUUUUCAUAAUAAUUAAAAAUAUAUUAUUGGUAAUAAUGAAAUAACAUAAUAUAUAGGAUACUUUGAUACAUUAUGGAGGUACUUGCACAUCGAAAAACGAUUGCUCAUCAGAAUUGUCUCAUAUAAUUACAGGAAUUAAUGGCUCUUUCAGCAAAUCUUCAUGUAGGUCUUAUGAUAAUGGAAACUGUGACAUCACUAUUUUAUGCAAGAGCUGUGAAGUAUUAAGCUACGCACAAAUUUCAUACUCCAUGAAUAAUCAAAAUGGCUACGUUUCAGGUUUUACUGUAAAUGUAACCUUUUCCUCAUCAAUCCCCAAUGAAAAAAGCAGCUACGAAAUGACCCUUGAGCCAUCUGAAAAUCAUGUGUUUUCUGGGAACACCCCAUCUGAGGUUUAUUUUUAUACAAUUCCUUCAGUAAAUUUUAUUUAGCUUUAUUCAGAAACUUGAACUAAAAAAAAUCAGACAGGAUAUCAUGUUUCAUUAAAACAGCCCUCUGAUAAAGGCUCAGAGUAUCAGGCAUUUGAGUAAAACUUAUAUAGGCUUGCCUUAGCAUUUAACUCGUAUUUAAAUAUAAAAUUCGAUAUCGGAACAAAUGGACUUGUGACUACUAGAAAUGUUAGCCAAACAUUUAUCAUUUUAAUAACUACGCUUUUAGGGUCUGUUUUUGGGAUUAUGGGGAGUAUUGGAGGGAUAAUGAAGCUUGUUGAAGAAAAGUGGAUUAAUAUUGAAAAGAAAUUAAAAGAAAAAUCAUCUUAUGAAAAAUCACUAGAAAACGUUGAAAUGAUUUCGGGCACAUAUGAGCGCUCCAAUGGCUUGGGUUUAAAUGAGCCUGAUUUUUCUGAAAAACUCGUAAUAUCUGACAAAAUUUUUAUGAUAUAG